CCGCUACCAUCGUCUUUUGAAGCAAUCGAAUACCGGUUGAAGUCCUGACAUGAUCUCAACUUCACAUGAAUGUAGGGUAACUCAGUUGCUGAGGAUUUAAGCACAAUAGCGUUACGCAGUAGUGGUGGAUGUGAUAAAAACUUUGGAAAUCCAAGCUUUUGAAGAAUCUCAACAAAAUGAAACCCAAUAUCCAGGCUGAAAGCGGGAAGUAUGCAUUUAUAACAUCGACACCUCUCCAUUCGGCAAAAGAGGAUAGGGAGACGAGAACCCUAGUGCGGAAACAUGUGAUGCGUCCAUUCAUGAAGCAGAAUCGACCGAAAAAGGCAAACGGUCUGAAGAAAAUUGUGCCAAGAGUUGCUGUGGGUGCAUCACAGAGACAACCACUAAUCCCGACCACGAAUGAAGAUGGGGCAGAACGAGAUUAUCGGUAUGGGGCAACUCUCAUGGCACCACUUGGGAAUGGGCGUGUAAAUCCCUUUCAAGCAUGGCCAAUCAAAAUGAAUAUGCAAGAGCAUGAGUUGGUGCAUUAUAGUGAGUUUGCUCCGUUCAAUUGUUAUGCUUAUUAACAAUUAUCCAGUUUGGGAUUCAUCACAAGGAGUCCAGCCAUUCAGAGACGUCUGGUUUCCUCUAGCGAUUAGUGAUCCCGCAGCAAUGAAUGUAGUGCUGGCCAAUGCCUCGCUUCAUAUUAAUUAUCUAAGAGGAAAUAAGAAGGAAAGUCGUGAUGCGAUGAUGUAUCAUCUGUCGGCAGUGAGAUCCGUGAAUCGAAGAUUGCCGAACUUUGCGGUGGAACAAUCGGAAGGGAUACUGGGAGCUAUACUUGGUGUGCGUUUUUCAUCAUCCUCAAUUUCUCUAUCCAAUGGUUCUGACUAAAAAUAGUUCAUGUGCCAUGAUGUACGUGAUUGUUGUAUCUUAUUUUGAAUGAAAUUUGCUAAACUCUUAGCAAAUUUUAUUUAACCCAAAGACCUGGAAGAUCCACCGUGCCGGCUUUUGUAAAAUUUUAGCUUUGCGGGGCGGACUGUCGACCAUUGAGCAUAUACAAUCACUACGACUCUCUUUAUUCUGGAUCGAAAUCAAUAUGGCUAGUGACUUGGACGUUGCACCUCUUUUCCCACCACCACUUCAAUAUUUAACCAAUCCAUAUCUUCCGAAAUACCAGGCCGCAGGUGAAGUUCAUUUCUCUAGCGUAUGCGCAUACUCCAAUAUAUCAUUAUUUUUGUCGGCAAAUAUGCUCGAUGUCAUGAGACAGUUGAGUAUUCUCGCAGUGACGAUGAUUCGUGAGAAGGGAAAGAAGAAUCCGUACAGCAAAAAGCGACUUCUCCGGGGAGACCAAGGCUUCGCUGGCCUCUGCAUCUACCCAAUUUUAUCUAAACUCCUGACCAUUCAAAACCAGAUACAUAAUAAGACUGAAGAGUUGUGUAGGAUUGGCGGGCUUCUCUUCAUAGCACAGGCGAGGAAGUGGUGCGGGGUGACUCAUUUAUUAACCAAAGUUUUGAUGGCCAAGUUGCGUCGCUUGUUGAAGAUUGAGUGCAAUGUAUGGGAUGCUAGGGUGAAGAAGCUGAGAUUAUGGACACUUGUUAUGGCUGGGUGCACGGCAGCUACCGAUGAUGAGAGAGCUUGGGUCAUUGAGGCUUUAAAGCGGGACGUUUCUCACUGGACUGAGUUGGAGAAUGUAAAGAAUAUGUGGUGGGUAGAUGAGCUAUCUCAGGCGGGAUUGUUAAAUAUCGAGGAAGCGAUCCAUUCAUUUCAAGAGAAAGAUUCAUAAGAUAAACGAAGGAGUGGUCCCUAAGUGCUAGGCAGCAGGAGAAGAUAUUCCUAAUUAGUUCUAGUAGAGCUCUCACUCAAGCCAGAGCACUGGGCGGAGCUCUGCACUUUCGUAGAUUCUUUCCUCUUUAGAGUAGGUAAUCACAACACAAGACUGAAUACCCUCA